UUCAAUUAGUUCCAUUUCAAAAUUCGACGAAAAUCGUGGAAAAUAUUUAGCGGACGGAAUUUUUCGUCGGGCUCGCGAGAAAAGAGACAGUUAAUAAGAGUGUUGCGUGUGCGUGAGUGAGACAACGCGAAAAGUUAGAGAGGAUCGGAAUCAUGGCGAGUGUUUUUUUAUAAUCAAAUUUCCACAGCACUUUCCACGUAUAAUCGUUAAUGAAGCAAAAAAUUCUCUUUUAAUUUGGCAUAAAUUGUAUUUGUCUUGAAAAAAGCAUAUUCUUGUAAAUAUAUCCUCUUCGUAAAAUAUUUUACUUAAAAGCCUUAAAAUAUUGAAUUCACUUGAAAUUUGAAACGGUGUCACUCGAAAUUCGCCAGCGACUCGCCACGUUUUGUACAAACAUAGUUUGUAAACAUAAGUUUGUAAGCAGCCGGAAAAAGGCGAACGGAACCCAAAACCCCAAUGCAAGCCAACUGAGUGCAAGGGAGACAGCCGACCACGUCGAGCGGGAUAGCAUGCGCCAAUGAAAACGUCCUACCACCCAAAAGCGUCCGAUUUCGUUGACUACGCCGUUGCCGGGGGCGGGGGAUCCGGAUUCUGUCCGGGAUUAGGAGCGGGACUUUCAGUCAGGGCGACGUCCUUCUACGGCGAUCAAACGGUAACGGCAACUGCGGACGGGGCGCGUCACCAGGAACAACAACAGCAGCAGCAUAUCCUAAGGCAACCUGCAACAUCCACAUCGACUUCAUCGGCAGCUGCAGCAGCAACCAGCAAGCGAAAACGUCAAACAGAUUGUGAUUGCGGUUGCGUCGACUCAUAUAACUCCAGCCACGGCCCGCCAGUGCAGCAGGACUCUUCAGCAGCAGCGGGAGCAGGAUCUGGGGGAUCGAAAGCGGGAUCAGGACCAGGACCAGACGGAAUCGGGCCCAUCAGCAGCUUCAAAACGGCGCACACAAAGGUCGCCACCUCGGGGGGUCAUGCCAACACGCAGCCCCCCAGCAAAAGGUCGAGCAGUGGAGCGGAUGGCGACUACCAGCUGGUGCAGCACGAGGUGCUCUAUUCCCUAUCGGCGGAGUAUGAGGUCCUAGAGUUCUUGGGCCGCGGCACCUUUGGCCAGGUGGUCAAGUGCUGGAAGCGCGGCACCUCCGAGAUCGUGGCCAUCAAGAUCCUGAAGAACCAUCCUUCGUAUGCGCGGCAGGGCCAGAUCGAGGUCUCGAUCCUUUCGCGCCUCAGCCAGGAGAAUGCCGACGAGUUCAAUUUUGUGCGGGCAUUUGAGUGCUUUCAGCACAAGAACCACACCUGCCUGGUCUUUGAGAUGCUGGAGCAGAACCUGUACGAUUUCCUCAAGCAGAACAAGUUCUCGCCGCUGCCGCUCAAGUACAUAAGGCCCAUUCUGGAGCAGGUAUUGACUGCCCUGUUGAAGCUGAAACAACUGGGUCUGAUCCAUGCCGACCUGAAGCCCGAGAACAUCAUGCUGGUGGACCCAGUGCGUCAGCCCUACCGCGUCAAGGUGAUCGACUUUGGUAGCGCCUCUCACGUGAGCAAAACGGUCUGCAACACGUAUCUGCAGUCGCGCUACUAUCGUGCUCCCGAGAUCAUCCUGGGCCUGCCCUUCUGUGAGGCGAUCGAUAUGUGGUCACUGGGCUGCGUGGUGGCAGAGCUCUUCCUCGGCUGGCCGCUCUAUCCGGGCAGCUCGGAGUUCGACCAGAUCCGGUACAUCUCGCAGACACAGGGACUGCCCACAGAGCACAUGCUGAACAGUGCCUCGAAAACCUCCAAGUUCUUCUACCGCGACGUGGACUCGACGUAUCCCUUUUGGCGCCUGAAGACCACCGAGGAACAUGAGGCGGAGACAAACACGAAGAGCAAGGAGGCGCGCAAGUACAUCUUCAACUGUCUUGAUGACAUUGGGCAGGUCAAUGUGCCCACUGAUUUGGAGGGCGGUCAGUUGCUGGCAGAGAAGACGGACAGGCGGGAGUUUAUCGAUCUGCUUAAGCGCAUGCUGACCAUUGAUCAAGAGCGGCGACUGACGCCGGCAGAAGCGUUGAACCACUCGUUUACACGGUUGACCCAUCUGGUUGACUAUGUCUACUGCAACAAUGUCAAGGCAUCCGUGCAGAUGAUGGAGGUGUGCCGCCGAGGCGAUUUCCACACAGUGCAGCCCGCGUCGACGCUGGUGACCAAUUUUGUACCCUCAAGCACGGAGAACAUGACGUUCACGAUCAACAACCAGUUGACCAGCCAGGUGCAGCGCCUUGUGCGCGAUGGGCGUCCUCUGGCUUACGAGGGACUCUACCAGAUCUACAACGGACGCAGUGUGGCCCGACAGUAUCCGCAGACGCGGACUGAUAGCUUCCAGCACCAGCUGGUUUCGAACAUCCUGUGCCCGCCCUCGUACCAGACGAUGCCCAGUCCCACUAAACAUGUGGUGGUGGGCAGCGCCACCAUGCAGCCACCGUUGCAGGUGCCGCCGCAACAGUACGUUAAUGUGCCCGUACCGGUUUCCAUGGUGGAGCCAACAUCUGGUCAGAGAAUGCUCCUAACGAACCGUGUGCAGGCCAGCGGAGUAGCCUGGCCGCAAACUGGAAGGCAGAUGGCCUUGGUGCCGUCGUGGCCCCAGCAGGCGCCCGCCCACUCGCUCAUCGUGGACUCGACGCCUCUUUUUAAUGUGGAGGAGAUCUAUCCCAAGCACCACCUAAACUUGCCACGCAACGAUCUCAAGAAGGAGUCGCCGGCUCAUCAUAUUGCCAAGGGGAACUCUUAUCGCGUGCCGCGCCACGAGAAGAAGGAGCACCAGCAGUUGUCGCCGGUGAAGAAGCGGGUGAAGGAAAGCUCGCCGCCCCACCAGCAGCGGUACCAGCGCGCAGCACACGUUUCGCCCCAGUACCACGCGCACCACAACUGCAACUACGGGAAUGGCUACAGCGCCAGUGCCGGAUCGGUGGUGGCCUCCUCGGCUGCCUCCGCUAGCAACAUUGUGAAUGGAAGCUCGUCGAGUUCGCACCAUCAUCACGUCCCCGUCGCCCAUGCCCAGCCCUACAGUAGCUCCUCAGGUCACCACAUUGUAAGCAACUGCAACGCCAACGGAGGAGCCGGAGGAGCAGUGGUUUACCAACAGCCACCGGCUCAUGCCCACCAGCAGCAUGGGCAGCAGCCGCAUCCGCAGAGUUCGCAGCAUCCGCAGCACGUGAAGCAGCCGACGAUAACCAUCCACGACACGCCCUCGCCCACGGCUGUGAUAACGAUCUCGGACAGCGAGGACGAGGGCGGAGAGGCUGGAGGAGCUCAGAUGCCGGUGCUGAAACAACGGGCGCAUGCCCAAUCGCAGACCAGCGGUAGUUUGCUACAGCACGCACCAAGCUCCUCCUGCAGCAGGAGCAGCGCCCACCAGCAGCCGCAUCCACAUCCUCAGCAGCAACAGCAGCAGCAGAUAAACUAUGGUAAUGCUCAGACUCAGAAUCAGAAUCCGAACCAACUGGGAAGCAACAGCGGCAAGGGUAGCCAGCAUAGCAGUAGCCAUAGCAGUAACAGUAGCCACAGUAGCAGUAGUCACCACAACCACCACCACCCUCAUCAUCUGAAUCCGUCUCAUCAUCUGAAUCCGCCUCAUCAGCCAGCGAGUGGAAGUGGAAUAGGAACGGGAGCGGGAUCGGCAGCGGGAUCGCAGCUUCAGCAUCAGCUUCAGUCACAGCCUCCGACUCAUAUUCAGCCGGCGACGCAUCCUCAUUACCAAGCCACGUCCACGUCCUCCUCCACGUCUGCUUCCACUUCCAGUCACCAUCAACAUCAUCCCCAUCAUUCCGCCCCCACUUCUUCCUCCUCUGUCAUGCCUUCCUCUUCCGCUCAGUUUGGUGCCCCUGUCCUCUGCCCCAGUUCCUCCCAAUCUCAGUCGCAUAUCAGUCGUCAUAAGCCAUCGCACGUCCAGCUAGUAAUUCCAUGCGUAACCGUAGGUGAUCAUGAUCCGGAAGAUGCCCGCCGUCGUCAUCAUGCCGCCGCCGCAGCCGCCGUGGGAAGUCCCAAGCAUCACCAUCAUCAACAGCAGCAGCAACCUGCUCCUCCUCCACAGCAGCAGCAGCAGCAGUACCAACCCCAGCCACCGCCGCAGCAGGUGUUGCCCCAGCCACAGCCCAGCAUCAAGUAUGAGCCCGGCCAGUCGCAAAAGAAACGCAUCUUGGCCAUGGCCCAAAGCGAAUGUGGCUACCAACCUCAGGCUCCCAGCCAGCCGUCGUCUUCGGCCAGUUUGCCACACAUUCCCACCAAGCAGGAGCCAGCCGAGUUUUAUCCGGAGUAUGCAGCUGCUCCGCCGCAACAGUUGGACACAAAGCGCUCCUCCUGGGCCCCUACAUCUUCGGGAUCAGGAGUGUCCGCUCUGCCGCUUGCACACCCAAAGCGAGAGGCCCCCUCUGUAGCUCCAAUAAGCUAUGUGGCCCCGUCUGUGGCUCCGCCAUUAGCCCACUCCAAGAGCAGUUCUGCAUCAUCAUCGUCGUCGAUAAGCGCUGCGACUGCCGCAGCAGCUGCUGCAGCUGCAGCGGCGGCGGCCAGCGUUGGUCCUCCAUCGUGGGGUCCUCCACAGGUCUAUCGUCAGCCAUCGCAGCCGCCUCCGGGCAGCGUGGGACUACCAGGAAGCACUCAGCCGCCGCCGUCGAGUGUGGCCCCGCAUCCGCAUCACCACAGUCAUGGACAUCAUCAUCACCAGGCCGGAACACCGCUGGGCGGGUCGCCAUCAUCAACGGCGGCGGCCGCUUUGUUGCAGCCAGAUAUUUAUGCGCAGGGCGACAUUUACCGCCGGCCCACAGUUUUCGUAUCACAGGCGGCCCCCAGCUAUGCCUACGCCAACCGGGCGGUGGUGGCUCCACCUCCGGCCCACAACAGCUCCAGUCGUCAGGUGAUACCAUCGCAUCCGCUGCCGGCUCACAUUCAGAUACCCACCCAGUACAGCCAGUUCGGACCGCUCAGUCCUGCCCAGGUAGCCGCCAGCAAACACGCGGCGCACUUUGCGCCCACCAACAUAUGGUAUGGGGCUGAGUAGACCGACGAUGGGAGUUGACGGGGAGAGGGGCGAUGAGGAGAGACGCGGAUGGGACGAGGAUGUGCACCCACCCAGAACCAAGAACCACCCAACUACACACCGCACAACACCACCAUCACCACUGUUGUUAUGAUCUUGAGCUAGAGCCCGAUCGAAUGAUUCAACGCUCGAAUCUUUUGUGGCCUCGGGCGAGGCAGGUGACCAUCCGGAGCAAAGCCAAGAGCUGCAGCAACAGCAGUUGCAGCUAACUCAGUGCUGGUGGUUCAUGCUACUCAUGCAGCAGACUAUUAUCCACAACAACUCCAUAUUGCAAGCGGGCAGCGACGACGCCGCAGCAACGGCAACAGCAGCAACAGCAACAUCCUCAGACACAACCACAAUACGUAAAGCACGCCGGCAACAUUAAGCCAAGUCCAAGUCCCCCAACUCUUUGCCACUAAGCUAAGAAGCUUGUUUUUUUCGGGGUCCCGCGGGAUCUCAUUUCUGCUACUAUUAAUUUUUAUUAUUUUUUUAAAUAAUAUUAAAUAUAAAUGUAAAGCACUCCUACACGCAGCUUGGUGUACAGUGCUCAGGCAAACUUUUGGCAUGUUGUGCAUCAGCACAAUUUCGCACCCACACACACACUACAGCUAAAGCUUCUAUACCCUCGAAAUAUGCGAGUUAGAUGCAUAUCGAGAGAUGUUUUCCUUCGAAACGAAAGCGUUUUAUAAAUGUGUGUUGUGUGUUUUAUUGAUAACUUCCACAUAAUAUUCUCUAUAAUCUACCUAUAUAUUAUAUACAUGCAUAUGUAACACUAUUAUUAUGAAUACUAUAUAUCAAGAGAAAGCUAAACAAAACUAGAGUUUACGGCACGUCGACAACUGCAACAUUAGGCCAGAGAGCCAGUAAGAGAAAGCUUCGAAAUUCCCUAGCAAGUACCUCAGAAAAUCAAAAACCUAGCAGCAGCAGCAACAACAGCAACCAGAUAAGAAAAUAAACAACAUUGUUAUGCAAUUUGCCUUUUACACAAAACAAGCAACAAAACAAAUUGAGAUGACGAAAGGCGUUGAAGAUUAUGAUUAUGAUGCAGGAGUAGAGUUAGAAGAGGUUAGUAGAGAACCACAACAAAUUGAAUACCGCAAAAACCUUACUAGCAAACAAACAAGCAAAUAAAAUAGAUACCCUAGGAGAUAUCAACAAAGAGAACUUAACAAUUACAUAGCUCAUAGAUUUAGUGGAUAGAACGGGAGAAGGUCAAAGGGCGAACGUUUUUUACACACUCGUAACUCACUCAUAGGAAUAGCCGAGAAAAGAAUUACAACUAAAAACUAACAGAUAACAAUUCUAAAUUAUGUUUAACGAGCAACAACAAAUAAUUAUAGGAACAAGUGUACAUAAUACGCAUAUACUUACAUAUAUCGGUACUAAAACUAGCCGGAGCCCAACUAAAAGCCUAUUUUAAAACUGAUCAGUUGUUAAAGUCAGGUCAGCGAAGCCAGUUAGUCUGCGGUACGUUUAAUUUUUAGACUUCACAUUUCUUUUUACCCUAUCUGUGUCCUGGAAGAAGAUCUGCGUUUUGGUUAUUCUUUUAAAUAGGAAAGCGCAUAGGAAAGUUUACUAAAGUACAAAACCAAACAAAAUAACAAGCAAUCUAGCAGUUUAGGCUUUUAGUGUUUGUCCCACAACAACCCCUUGUUUUAGGCUUUUCCUCAGAGAAAUUGUAAUAUAUAGAAUCCCAUUUUGAUAUGUACAAACCUGGCUUACUUUAACUCGCCCACUAUAGAUCCUUAAUAUAAAAUAUAAACAAAAUCUUGUUAAAUAGGUUUCCUAAAGUAUUUCGUAGUUAGCAUUAAACUUAACUUUCGCGAUAAAAUAACCGAGCAGCAACUAAUUUUUCGCCCUCCUGGGGUCGAUUACUCGGUUGACCCAACCGAGAAUUUAGUAAAAUCGGUCCUUCGAGGGAGGCACUUCCUAUAUAAUGAAUUACAUGCUGAUACAGAUACAAAGCAGAAAUAUUUAAACCAUCCUUCGCCCCUUCCCAGAUCAGCUGUGUAUAGUGGGCUUCUUUGGGAUCGGGAUCGAGAUGAAUCAACUCCGACGAUUGGAAAUGAUCUAGCAUAUAAUUAUUGUGAUGUAGUUUUUAACGAGCGAGGAGCAGAGAAGUCCGCAAACGUUUUUUGUCAGUCGUCGUCGGCGAAUAGAAAUUACCUAAAAUUACGAAUAACCAAUUGAGGAUACGGAAUAUGCAUCUAUAUGUUAACUAAUUAGUGUGCAGAAUUCAAUAGCGUUAGCACGACAACAAAACGUUUUUUUAACCAAGCAAAUACAUUUUUAACAAGCGAGUAAUAACACUUUUUGUAGUAGGAAAAGGAGAACAAUUGUAGCAUACAUAGACGUAAUUAAGAAACGUUAGUGUUGUGAAUAUAUACGAGUAAAUACAAAAACAUAGAGAACUAGAUUCUAGACGUGGUUCGAGUACAUUUAUAUUAUGGAUAUAUUUUGUGUAUAAACAAUAACGGCAACCAGCAGCUAACAAUUGUAAUUGUAAUAAACAAUAAACGAAAACCACAACUCGGCAGAUUUAAGAUUCUUGUUUAAAGUCGAGAGAACCGUAUCUAGAUAAUAGACUUAGAUGUAUUCAGCAAGUUCUUUUUUUAUAGAAAUUUUAUGGACCAUUCAACUAAAGCAUAUAGUCAAAUAAGCAUGAAUAUUGUAUAAAAACAGCUGUGUGACCGUUUAGAUGUCAGCGGAAAGUUGCGAUCUGUGUUUCCGAUUUGUGUUUCUUGUCCUGCACCCACUCAGUGUGCGAACUUAUACUUAUAUAAUAUGUAAAUGUAUAUGCUAAAUAUCUGCGAGGGCAGACGAACUUUUCUUCUCUUUCUACUCAAUAUUUAGGAGCAUCAACCAGAAAGCAAAACCGAAAAACAAGAAAACAAAUCAUGAACGCUUUAAAUGUAACAAAAACGAAACGUUAAUAGACUUAUGAAAACAACAAACAAAUUAAAUUUAUAUUAAACGACAAAUUAAAUUUAUAUUAACAAACAAAUUACAUUUAUAUUUAAAGAAAAUCAACAACAAAUUAAACUUAUAUUAAACAAACUCAAACACUCAACAAAUAAAUAAGCAGGCAGCUGGACCACAGUCGUUAGCAGGCAUUUGUGGCCCACUGUCGGAGGACUUGUAUUUAAGAGGAACUCUGGGUGGCUUCCACCACCAGCGAAAAACGGAGAGAUCCACACAAACACUCUAAUAUACGUAUAUAUUUAAAUGAGAAAUGUUUUAACUGUGUAGCCUUAGUAUUUGUACUCGUCGUCCUCUCGAUUUCCGACAAAAAUAUGAUGAUAUACGAUACUGUGUAGGGCAAACAGUGCCGAUCGAUGUUUACUAAUAUGAUUCAUAUGUACUUGUUUAAUCGUACUGAGUUCGGAUGAGUUGCCCUUACUUUACUAUUUUAACCAUUUAAAUUUACUUUUAAUUUACUUUGUUUCUUCGCUUAACUUCGUUUAAUAAUGGAACAUAGCCACAACAUAUACCAUAUAUAUUGCUUAUAUUUACUUAUGUCCUACAAAAUAUAGAAAUCGUAAAUAUACAUAACA